AUGGCUGGCUGGACGGACAUCCUAGUAUUGAUAGUUGUCGUGGCUAUCCUGAGCGGCGUCACAUACGGUGUCAUAGUCGCAUCACAGCAAGUGUCGACUAGCGUCGAGAACACGAAGGCCAAACUAAAAGACCGCGGCUUCGACGUCUCCCGCGGCGGCGUCUCCGUCAAAACCUCCGGCCGCAUCGACCGCGACGACUACAUCGACGCCACCCAGCGCGGUUUCAUCAAGGCCAUGGGCGCGGCGUCUUUCAGGAAGGACGCGCACCCGUCGCCGAGCGCGCACGGUGCGUCAGGCAGCGUGUCAGGGGCGUCAGGCAGCGUGUCAGGGGCCGGCUCGUCCAUGGAGCGCCGGGACUCGGGCGCGAGUCUGAACUCGGAGGAGAAGAAGAAGAGGAAGUCGUUGUUCGGGCGGAAGUAG